AUGCAAAACUACCAGCACAUCUUGGCUUUAGAAUUUGCAAUAAAAGAAAUCAAUGAGAACUCCAGGAUCUUGCCAAACAUCACCCUGGGUAUCCAUAUCUCCAAUAGUUAUGUCCUGGCAAGAUGGAUCUAUCUGGCUUCCAUGGAGCUUCUCUCUACAGAGGGAAGAUUCACCCCAAACUACAAAUGUGACCUCAAGGACAAUGUAAUAUCUAUGAUUGCAGGACAUAAUGCUUUCAUUGGUCAGUUCAUGUUAAACAUUCUGAAUAUAUAUAAAAUCCCACAGCUCAUAUAUGGUUCAACUGCAGAGAUAGAUGACAACAUACAAGCUGCUUUCUUCCAUCAAUUAUUUCCAAAUGAAGACCUCCAAAUUACAGGGCUGGUCCAAUUAUUGCUUCACUUCCAGUGGAAAUGGAUUGGGCUCAUUGUCCCAAACCCUGAAAAUGGAAAGAGGUUCAUACAGAAUAGGCUUGAUAUAUUUUCUAAGAAAGGCAUCUGCUUUGAUUUCAUAGAAGAAAUGCCAAAGGAAUCUGUUGCCAAUGAUGUUGAAAUUCAACUUAAUGGUUAUGUUUUGCUGUAUAAGGCUAUUAUGAGAAGUACUGCCAACGUUGUAAUCAUAUAUUGUGAAAAUGAGGACAUGGCUGUUCUUAGAAUGUUGCCAUUUAUUUCAGAAUAUGAAGACAUGCCAAUGAAGAGAAAAGAUAAAGUUUGGGUCAUGCCAGCACAGAUGGAAUUCACAUCAGUCCCCUUUCAAAGAUACAGGAGCCUGGAUUUCAUCCAUGGUGCACUAUCGUUGGCAGUUUUCUCAAAGGAAAUAUUAGGGUUUAAGAAAUUUAUUCAGAUGAGAAAGCCUUCUUCAGAAGAAGAGGACAGUUUGACAAGAGUGUUUUGGGAAAAUGCAUUUGAAUGUUCUUUCCCAAAUGCUGGGUUAGAUGAGGACAGUGACAAUCAAUGCACUGGUGAGGAGUCACUGGAGACCCUUCCUGAAUCUGUGCUUGAGUCUAGUAUAACUGGACAAAGUUAUAGCAUUUAUAAUGCUGUCUAUGCAGUGGCUCAUGCUCUGCAAGCCAUGCUUUCAGCUAAGAGCAGAAAAAGAGGAAAUGCUUGGGAACUCAGUCAACAGUCGUGGGAGGUACAGCCAUUUUCUAUGUGCAAUCCUCCAUGCUUAUCAGGUUGGAGCAAAAUAAAAAUAGAAGGAAAGCCCUUUUGCUGCUAUGAUUGCCUUAAAUGUCCAGAAGGAAAAAUUUCAAGCAAGACAGAUGCAGAUGACUGCUUCCCAUGUUCAGAAGAUCAGUAUCCAAACAAAGCUCACAACCUUUGUAUUCCAAAACACAUCACAUUUUUGUCUCAUGAAGAGUCUCUGGGAAUUAGCCUGACAGCUACAGCUUCCUUCUUUUCUUUCAUCUCAGUUAUGGUCCUGGGAAUCUUCAUUAAGCAACGGGACUCCCCCAUUGUCAAAGCCAACAACCAGAACCUCACCUACAUUCUUCUCAUUGCUCUCCUCCUCUCCUUCCUUUGCACUUUGCUCUUCAUAGGGCAACCUGACCAAGUAAAAUGUCUCAUGAGACAAACUUCUUUUGGCAUAAUCUUUUCUGUUGCCCUUUCUUGUAUAUUGGGAAAAACAACCAUAGUAGUCCUUGCUUUCAUGGCCACCAAGCCCGGAUCCAAAAUGAGGAAAUGGGUGGGGCAAAGGCUGGCCAACACUAUAGUUCUUUCAUGCUCCUUGACACAAUUCUCCAUUUGUGCAGUGUGGUUGGCAAUUUCCCCCCCAUUCCCAGAUUCUGACAUGCACUCCAUGGCUGAAGAAAUUGUCCUAGAAUGUAAAGAAGGUUCAACCAUUAUGUUUUAUACUGUCCUUGGCUUUAUGGGGUUCUUGACUUCUGUCAGCUUUAUAGUUGCUUUCCUAGCUAGGAAUUUACCCGACAGCUUUAAUGAAGCCAAAUUUAUCACUUUCAGCAUGUUGGUCUUUUGCAGUGUCUGGAUAUCCUUUGUUCCCACCUAUCUGAGCACCAAGGGAAAAUACAUGGUAGCUGUGGAGAUCUUUUCCAUUUUGGCUUCUGCAGCUGGAUUACUGGGUUGCAUCUUUUCCCCCAAAUGUUACAUUAUUUUUCUGAGGCCUGAUUUGAACAGAAAAGAACAGCUGGUAAAGAAAUGA